AGCAACAUGGGUUCUAUGUUCGCCAAGGCCUUUGCCGGCCUCUUUGGCAAGAAGGAGAUGCGCAUCCUCAUGGUCGGUCUCGAUGCCGCUGGUAAGACAACCAUCCUCUACAAGCUCAAGCUUGGCGAGAUUGUGACCACCAUCCCCACCAUUGGUUUCAACGUUGAGACCGUCGAGUACAAGAACAUUAGCUUCACCGUGUGGGAUGUCGGAGGUCAGGACAAGAUCCGCCCUCUGUGGCGCCACUACUUCCAGAACACUCAGGGCCUCAUCUUUGUUGUCGACUCGAACGAUCGCGAGCGUGUCGGCGAGGCUCGCGAGGAGCUGGCCCGCAUGCUGGCUGAGGAUGAGCUGCGCGACGCCGUUCUGCUCGUCUUUGCCAACAAGCAGGAUCUGCCCAACGCCAUGGGUGCUGCUGAGAUUACCGAGAAGCUCGGUCUGCACAACCUGCGCAACCGCAACUGGUACAUCCAGGCCACCUGCGCUACCAACGGCGAGGGUCUCUACGAGGGUCUCGACUGGCUCUCGACGCAGUUGAAGAACGCUGCCCGAUAAACGACUUGCCUUCCCCUCUUGUCCCUCUCUUUCUCAAGUUGUUGUUGGCCCUCUGUGUUCUUCCACCAUCCCGUCUUGCUCUUCUUUCUUCCACACUACUACAACCUUUCUCUUUUUUUUUGCUUUUUUUAUGAGCUCGUAGUCGAAAGCCAUCACUCGCCAAAAAAAUAUAUCCGUUUUUUUGAUCUCCUUCUCUUUCAUUCGUCUUGUUUUGAAGUGGGAUCUGUCGGCAUGCUCCUAGUGAUGUGCCCAAAGCACGUGCAUUUCCGCCCUGGGCUCUCAACUCUCGGAGGUGACGCCUUUUGCUGCGUGCUCAUAGAAUGGCAUCUGUUUUAACAUGUAAAAGUGUCAAGGUCAUGCCUUUUCGAUAAAGGCCUGAUCUCGGCCUUGUGUCCUGACAUCCCAACAGCUUUAGUUUGCUCCAUAGUUGUUGGCCAGCGCCUAUUGUUCUUCUUUCUGUGUGCCCAUCGUCCCCGGUCUGCUUGAUCUGGACUUUUUUGUGUGCAUCCUGGCCUUCCAUGGUUGCUUGUUCGCGCUCUUGGCGUGGGCAACGCUAUGAACGCAGGGCCCUGAUGGAUGUGCGUGCUCACCCGUACCUUCAAGCCAAUCCCUUGAAAAUG